UCGAGUUUAGUUUAUUUGGGAAACCUGUCUGCUAUUAUCUGACGACUGUUCAGUGUCUUUGUUCGUGUGCAGUUAUCUGUUAAUGGGGAAAUUUGCUCUUAAGAUGACACAUCUUCAUUGAACAGUACGGGAAGUAACAUCGUGACAUGUGGACAACAUGAAAAUGAGACGGCUGGAACAAGAACAAGCUCAGUGCUGAACGCUUUGUGUCUCUGCAAUAUUGACCAUUUUCGCUAUUUAUGCUAGUGGCAGUAAUGUUUCGCAAUGCUAAAAGACAACAGCGUAAAAUAGCAAGAGACAGCAUUUCCUCGACUCCGGAUGGUUUGACCGAUUGGUAAAGUCGGUCGUAAAUUUACCUGACCUGCCAUGUCCGUGGAGGAGAAACCUGCUCCAGGUGUGCACAACGCAAGAAUGAGUAUAGGCCGACGUCUGAUCAACUGUGGGCUCAAUCCUGCAGCUCUGGCUUAUGCCAUGACAACGCUGGGAUCUGGCAUGAUAAACAAUAUAUUCAGCUUCUACUAUGUCAAACUCUUCAUCAAUAAGUACAAGAUAUCAGAGGGAGCUUUCCACCAAUCACAGGUGGUGUACAUGGUGUGGAACGCAGUCAAUGACCCUCUCUUUGGCUACCUGCAAGAUAAUUCCCGGGUGCCCUGCUGCUCUCAGCGGCGUCUCUCCAUCCUGUAUGGUGCUCCCCUCUACUCCCUAACUUUUCUUAUAGCUUGGUUCCCGUGGCGAUCCUACGCCCCCGGUGACUGGUUGAGCGGCUUACACUUGACGGUGGCGCUGUGUGCUUUUGACGGCAUGCUGACUUUCGUGCUGCUGGCACAGUGUGCGCUGUUUGCAGAGAUUUCCAGCCACCAUCAGAGCCGACUAAGACUUGUAAAGUACAGCCAGGUGGCUUCUCUCGUUGGCUCCUCCAGCGUCCUCUUCUGUGGUGUGCUGUCCAAAAACAUGGAGGACUUUGCAGCCUUCCAAGCCUUCACAGUGUUUAUCGCUAUCCUGAGCUGUGGCAGCAUGCUCUACACAGGCUACCACAGCGAGAGCCGCUUUGAUAACAAAGGAUCUGAAUCCGAUGCACUGUGCUCUGACCAGGCUCAUCAAUCAUCAUUUUCUUUCUCCAUGUUAAGAGCGUUGAUGUGGCAGAUCCUGACCAACAGGGACUUCCAGCAUUUUGUGCUCAUGAACUUCUUCCAGGUUUUCAUGUUAGCCUUCUUGAAUAAUUUUACCAUGAUUUUUGCUGAGCACCUGAUUCCUCCAGAUGUGCUUCCAUCACUGGCCAAGAGCAUCAUGUACGGAGCAGGAUUCAUCUGUCCCCAGCUGUUAGUACUGAGCUGUCAGAGUCUCCUCCGGGAUCUCGGCUACUACAGGAUCAUCCUUUUCACCUUCUACCUCGUGGCUGGAAUGGCAGCUGUGAUGCUAGCACUCGGUCCUCAGCACUACUAUAUCCUGGCAUUUUUCCUCACUGUUAACAUGGUUAUAGUCCAAGCAGCCUUCAGUCUGUUUGGUUUGCCUUUGGCUGACAUCAUUGAUGCAGACCUGCAGAAGUACAAGCGCAGUUCCCCUCUCUCCUCCAUGGUGUUUGGGACGAAUGCUCUGUUCACUAAGCCGGCUCAGUCUCUGGCCCCUAUGAUAGUGCUUAAUAUCCUCAACCAGUUUGGAUACGAACAGCUGAAGGACACUGGAAGGGGUUCAGAUCCAAGCGCCCUGGAGAGCCUCCACAGCGUCAUGUUCUACUUGGUGUGCCUGGUGCCCAUGUGCAUCGCUGCUCUGCAGGCCCUGACUUGGAGGCGGUUUUCCAUACGCAGCAGUCACACUGUUGACACAAAGUAUAUUGACAGCUAACGUCAAUAUUUUCAGCAUUCAGAGGAGGCUGGUUGGUAUGUCUUUAGCUGGGAGAUUCUUUAUUGCUAAGUAAGAGAUUAUGGGGAAAGUAAUGUGUAAAUGACUGUAUAUUUGAGAGAAUCCAGGCUUAUACUGAUGCAUUUUAUGUAUAUAUAGGUGUAUAUAGAGGAGUAUGGCAUACAAGGGAGAUUUGGGUUAUUGGUGACCAUUUGUUUUGAUCUGAAUAACUGGAUAUCUGGACCAAACAGCAGGAAUCAUUAGACUUUUUGUUAAAGGUCAGACACUUUGUCUAGUCACUGACCUCAGCAGGUAAUUAGCAGAAACACACUGUGCUCUGUAAAAGAAGGGCUGAUUCCUCAGAGGGCAUGUUAAAAAUACUGUUUUGUUCUUCAUAAAGGAGCUGUGCUUGUGUUAACAUUGAAACAGAACGUAAAUUGGAAGAAUGCCACAGAAAUUGGUAGAAAUUGUUGAGCUGAAAAAAAAGUGAUACAUACAGAUAGUGGAAGUGAUGUAACAUAUUUAAAAAAAAAACUAGUAUGCGUGUAUGCUGUACAUCUAGCAGCUAAAGCUAGCUACAAAGAGAAAAACUUCUUUGGUACCAGGCUAUAAACAUGUUUAUUUCUGCUGUAGAGUUAUAAUAUGGGGGUCUAUGGGUAUUGACUGGCUUUUGGAGCCAGCCCCAGGUGGCCAUUUGAGGAACUGCACUUUUUGGCACUAAAGCGUCUCCUUCAUUUUUCAGCUCCGGAGGUUGCUGCUUGCCUACAACAUAUGAUACAAAGAGGCUAGGUCCAAUGUAAAGAAUAUUAAUGAGGAUUUUUUGUUUAAAUCAAGGUCUUUGACAUUCCAGGGUUGAAUGUGGUUGCAUGAUUAAGGGAAAUAAAAGUCAACAUUUUAUUCUGUUAUAUGCAUCUGUAGUAUGGAUAGUGGAGAAAAAGCGCUCUGUUUACUCUGGUUACACUCUAUGCUUUGCUGCUGGGGGAUGUGGAUCAGGACUGCAAAUACUGGCAGCAUCAGAUGUCAGAAAUGAGUGCCAGUCAAACUGCAGAUAAAUUUGCAAGUCCCACAGGCCUCCUGCACGCUCACAUAAGUGUCAGAAGUAUGGUGUUUCUUUUUGAUGGGUGAAACAUUUCAAAUCAGCAAGAGGAAAUCCUCUCAUAUUGCAAAUUCCAAGUUCCAAAGGGGCCAUAUGUUGGUUGGUUGGUCACCUAAUCGAAAUCUAAUUUUAUCAUUUAAGUAAUAGGCUCAUCUACAUUUUGCCUGAAGAAACAAGUGAUUUGAAGUAACUUUAUUAUGUUUUUCUGACAUUUUACAUUUAACAACAUUUAACCAAAUGACAAAACAGAAUAUAUAUCACAUCAGACAUUACAAAUAAGUGGCUGCAGUGCAGUAAAUACAAUCAUCUUUGCUGCAAACAUGGACAAACUUUCAAAUACCAGCUUUAACUCCAGCCGUGCUUCAGAGUGCAAUACUUCACUGUGCACCUCUGACGUGCAUUUGCAUCUGUGGGGCCUUCUACAGACUUGUGUUUCAAAGUUCAUAUCACUGUUUUUAAUGGAUAAAUAAUGCACAUAGACAUGUAAACAUCCACUUGGACUUCAUGGGUAAUAUUUAAUGUUAUUUGGCUAGAUUCUUUACAGUGAACAGAUGUAUGUGAAAGUCAUUGUACAGAAUAUGACACAGCAAGAUGCCUCAAACAUAUCAGGUUGUUAAAUGUGCCUUUCUGUAAGUUCAUUGUUGAUGUGUUGAUGAUUUUUUUAGAGACACUCCCAACACUAGAAAUACAACCUUUGCUUUCAUCAUUUAACCUUACUACUACUACUUAAGAUGUACUGCAUUAUAUGUGCCCAAUGUGCCUUUUUUGUCAUUGCAUUGAUUAUAAUAAUCAACUGAUAGUCAAAUUACAUCUGAAUGUGACCGUUUAGGUUUUUUGAUCAACACAAGAACACAUUGGUCAAAAAUUUGAUAAUCUUGAUGUCAUUUUAUGGAAAUGUGACCUUGAAUUCUCUGAAGAGGAUUGCCGUCGUCUUCUGACGGCGCUAUUUGCACUGUUGCACACUUGCUCCUCUGAUUUCCACUUUCAUUAGUGUACAGCGUGAUCUUUGUGUCCUGAAAAUGUCAAAUAUGUGUGCCACUUUUUACUCUCUAUUCCUGCAAGUAGAAUUCACAAAUUAUUUUUCUACCGAACAGCUUACAAUUCAAACUAUAUGGAAGAAAUGAGACUGAUGAAUUAAAAUUGUGUGCCUACAUCUCUGAAUUGAA